GAGCAUUUGUAAAAGCGAUCAAAAUAACAUGCUUAUGUAUUAUUGUUUAGAAUAUGGGGCAAACUGGCUGUGACAUAUAAUGUUUAAAGUUAAAUGGUCAGCAAGGCUCUUUGCAUUCAAUUAUAUUAUAGUGAAUCAGGUUUAAGCACUUGCAAGUGUCUACGUGUGUAAAGGUAAAUACGCGGGUUUCUACAGCCAAACCCAAAGCGCAUUGAGAUCCAGCGGGAGUGUUCUAUAAACUACCAUUACCAUUGGCUUAUCGAAAUACAACUGGGCGGGGAUGUCUCUAACUGUGAGAAGAAAAUUUGGAGGAGUUUUAAAAUCUGACAAAGUAAGUAACAACAUUGAAUGGGUAUUUUAAUUUUGCCAAAACUGUUUACUUUCAGGGUCGCUUUCAAGUAUCAACUUUUUGAUAGAAGGAUCUGUGCUUAAUGAAACAAUACCUUUAUUUUGGACGUUUAUUUCGUGGGUUUGUUAAAUAAUCGUUUUUUUUUUCUUAAACAAUCUUAAACAACUAUUAAGCGAGAACUUUUCAAUGAUCAUUUUUAUUAGAAUUUUUUUCCCCUUAUUUUUAGUUUUUUAAAGGCUGUUUCAUUGUACUGUAAUGGAUCGUUUACAAUUUUUUCCUAUUUUAACUUGAUCUUAUAAUGCAGAUCCCUCUCGGCUUUAUUACAAGAAGGCAUUUGCCUCAAUGCAUAUUCUUAAUAGAACUAUUGUAUAAUAAAUCAUAAACUAUAAAUAUAUAUAUAUAUAUAUUUUGCAAACAUAUUUUGAUUCAUUGCAACUCGAUAUAUUAUUAAUAAAUACGUACAUAUUUUAUUUAUUUUGUAUUUAUUUUGCUAUUUUUAUUUUAAAAUGGAUACUCUUUAAGUUCAUUUUGUGCGCCAUGGCAGUGUAUGCCCUGACCGGGUUCUCCCUUGUCAGUUUGAUAAGUUUUGGUUACGUGUCUUGGGACUGGAUGAAGCCUACCCUGAUGGAAAAUGAACCUGCUGAAGACUACUCGGACAAAGCGUCAGACUUCGCCAAAAACCCGCCACCCCAUAUUAUCUUCAUUUUGACCGAUGACCAGGGCUUUCACGAUAUCGGAUACCACGGGUCAGAAAUUAUGACUCCGACAUUGGAUAAGCUUGCAGCAGAGGGAGUGAAACUUGAGAAUUACUACAUCCAGCCCAUAUGUACCCCAUCCAGGAGUCAACUCAUCACAGGCAGGUAUCAAAUCCACACCGGGCUGCAGCACUCCAUCAUCCGGCCUCGACAGCCUAACUGCUUGCCCUUCAACCAGGUCACUCUACCCCAGAAGCUGCAAGAGGCUGGCUAUUCCACCCACAUGGUGGGCAAGUGGCACCUGGGCUUCUACAAGAAGGAGUGUUUGCCCACACGGCGAGGGUUCGACUCCUUCUUCGGCUCGCUGACGGGUAGUGUGGACUACUACACCUAUGACUCUUGUGAUGGGCCUGGUCAGUGUGGCUAUGACCUGCAUGAGGGUGAGGGUGUGGCGUGGGGGCAAAGUGGCAAGUACUCCACUCAGUUCUACACCCAGCGAGUCAACAAGAUCCUGGCCACCCACGACCCUCGCCAGCCCAUCUUCGUCUACCUGUCCUUCCAGGCUGUGCACACCCCGCUGCAGUCACCCAAGGAAUACAUCUACAAGUACAGGGGAAUGGGCAAUGUGGCCAGACGCAAGUACGCCGCCAUGGUCUCUUGCAUGGAUGAAGCAGUGAAGAAUGUAACUUAUGCCCUACGCAAGUAUGGCUACUACAAAAACAGUGUUAUUGUCUUCUCUACCGAUAACGGUGGACAGCCUUUUUCAGGAGGCAGCAAUUGGCCUCUUAGGGGGCGCAAAGGUACCUACUGGGAAGGUGGGAUAAGAGGCCUUGGGUUUGUGCAUAGCCCACUCAUCAAACGCAAGAGGCGGGUUAGCAAGGCCUUGAUCCAUAUCACGGAUUGGUACCCAACCCUGGUGGGGCUUGCAGGGGGUAAUAUGUCAGAAUCUGAGGGCUUGGAUGGGUACAAUUUGUGGCCGACCAUCAGCGAGGGUAAAGAGUCACCACGCAAGGAGAUCCUCCAUAACAUUGAUCCCCUCUACAACCAUGCAAAAUACGGCUCCUGGGAGGAAGGCCAUCGGAUCUGGAACACUGCUGUCCAAGCUUCAAUCAGGGUUGGGGAUUGGAAGCUGCUGACUGGGGACCCUGGAUACAGCGACUGGAUCCCACCCCAGACCCAAGCCAACUUCCCAGGGAGCUGGUGGAACCUGGAGAGGCGCAUGGACAUCCAGAAGUCGGUCUGGCUUUUCAACAUCACUGGAGACCCCUACGAACGCUAUGACCUCUCGGAACAGAAAAGGGAAGUGGUGAAGGAGCUGCUGGCUCGGCUAGCCCACUACAACCACACCGCCAUCCCAGUCCGCUACCCUGCCGAGGACCCUCGUGCCUCCCCGGAACUGAACGGGGGGGCCUGGGGGCCAUGGGCUGGGGAGGAGGAAGAGGACAACUGGGACGAGGCUUUACCGAAAAAGAGCAAAACCAAAAAGAAGAAAUGCAAGUUGUGCAAACUGAGGUCCUUCUUCAGAAAACUGAACACUAGAAUAAUGUCAAACAGAAUAUAGAGACUAUGCAGAUGUGGGUAUUUUAUCACAAUAGCCCAUUAAUUUAUUUUGAUUCCAUUAGCACUGCAGUAUAACACCACUCACUUAAUAGAACCCUAGUACAAUACAAGACAUUCUUCUGUAGCAUAUUUUAUAAGGCACUUUCGAAAUUGAACAAAGCAAAAAACCUUGACAAAAUAGUAAAAUCUUAAACUUAAAAGAUGUGAACAGUGCUUGCAUAACAACAGUAACCAGUCAGUGAAUUUACCAUUUUAUUCUGAGUACAGUUCUAUUCGGGCUAAUAGUACCUAAGAGUACUAACUCUUCAGUAGGGUACUUUUGAUCACUUUAGAAAUCACAGACGAUGUGUUUUGGUGUCGUGUAGUAAGCCUAUAUCACCUGUUUUUUAAACACUUUAUUGUUACAUUUACUGUUGUGCAAAGCUUAAAGCUGCAAUACCUCUUCAACCACCUAAAUGUCAGUAUUUAUACUUUUUUUUUUUUUAGGGUAAUUCAAAACCUUGACACAUUCCUUUAAGAUUAUUAAGUAGCAUGAAGAAUGUAAGUAGUUCAAUCAAUUUAUCAAGAUUAGAAUUCCUUUCUGGAAAUUUCAUUUUUUACUGUUUUUUCAGCAGUAGUACCAAAUACAUUAAAAAUGUUUGCACAAAAAUGAUAUAGGUUCUUGGUAAAUUAAAUAAAAUCAGCCUGGAAACUUGCAGGCUUUCAGAAAUUCAAUCACAAGUUUGAUCAGACACUACUUUUUGUACAGCAUUUGGACAUACAGUAUAAAACAAAUGCACAGAAUAAGAAAUAUAACUUUUUUUUUUUAAUCGUGGUGCAUGUGUGGUUUAGUGGUGUCUAAAGGGCCAAUGGCACUUGCUACAGUACUGUUGCAGCUUCCCUCCACAUCUCUGUGAAUGCACCUCAGUCACGACCGGACCCCACUCUGGCAGUCAGUCUUGUGCAUUGCAAACACUGAUCCCCCUCUGCCAGAGUCUUGGCAUUGCAAACAGGAAAUAUUAAAGGAGCCGCCCUGCCUUUUAGAAUCAGAUAAGUCCCUGGCCAUUCCAAACACACCCUAGUAAAGUGCUGCAGAAUAUCAAGUGCUGUAGAAGAAACAGUGUUCCUGCAAUAGCUUUUCAAUUACUAAUUAUUUAACAUUAUUUUCAGAUCAUUAAAGUUCCAGAUUACUUAGCCACAGAUUAGUAAACUUCACUCUUGUUGGGUACCAUUUCCGAUCAACCUGUUCUGUUAUUUGUGGUUUAUUUUUGGGUGGUCGUUUUGCAAGCUUGUUAACUGAUCCAAAGCUAUAUCUGCAAUGCUACCCAGAAGAAUGUACAUUUUUAUAUAACAUUUGCAGCGACCUGCCAGUUAAGUUAUUUAUAAUAUAUAAUGAACAGUGUCCUAAUAAUUACUAGAACAUUGUCCUAGUAAUCUAGUAUUGUAUCAUCUGGCACAACACCUGUAAGUCACACAUCUUGAGAUCCGCUCAUCCAAUUUCAGGCCAUGCAUGGAAAUUUACUUCAGACAUUGUGAAUGUAGGCAUUUUUACCUUUACCGUGGUAUACUGGGGUGAAAUCUCUUAAGGGUAGUUCAGACAGGUCAAAUUGAGCCAAGCCAGGCUAGUUUGUGUGCUCUGACAUGUCCUACAAUGUAUGUACUUAAGUUCUUCUUUGAAAUCAUGCCAUGGAUAUUUCCGUGGAGGUCUCCCAUCAAAGUACAGACCUGAACCUUGUCUGGCUGAGAGCUGAUGAGGUCAGACUCUUCUAAGGUGGUCUGACUGUUGGCAUGGACUGUGUACAGGGUUAGCCUGUCUGCAGCUCACUUUGAUAUGUAGCGUCUUUGCAGAUUCCAAGGUAUGUAGAAGUGCUGCCACCAUUCUCUCUUAUCCUUGUAUCCAUUUGUUUUUUCCAACCAAAUAGGGCUUUCCUAUCCUGUUUGACAGACUUCCCAUGAAUAUUUAAUUUAAACUACUGGACAGACUUGCCAUUUGGUUAACGAAACGUGAAACCCAAAGAAAAUUGCAGUCAACCGGUUUCCACCCGUUCAAGAAUUCACAGUGUAGUUCCUGGAUAUACUCCAGUGACUGUUUUGCACACAGAGGAAUAUAAACAGGGAUUUAGAGAGUUUCUGUUUUUUCUGACUUUUGGAAAGAAACUUCAAAGUGGUACCCGGAGGUGCUGUGGCUAAAGAGAUGCAGAGAUACAGCAAAUCAGAUCCAGAAAAGGGUCUGUUUAGAUACAGAUUUGCAGCUUCCACUGGGAGACUUUUUAGAAGCAAAAUACAUUUAAAUGAACAGAUCUGCACUUUGUCUGCAGUCAAAAUCAUUUUAAAGUAUGAGGUUUAUAACAGUAAUAGAUCUUGAUGCCAGUGCCAUAACAUUUAUAUUUGGGUGACUUAUUUAACUGUAUUUUGUAUGUAGCAAUGUUAAUAAGUUCCCAAUUGUUAUCAUUUCAAUAUACUCAUUUCCCCCGGGGGGAAGAGUCAAGCUGGAUUAAUACAGAGUGGCAGUAUUUAGACCAGCCACUGUUUAGAAAUAGACCCCAGCUUGUUCUAUUACGGUAUGUUCUGUAUAAGCAACUUUGUUAGACAGAAAAAGGUCAUUCAGGUAUGUAAGCCUUAGUCCCAUAUUUCAGGAACCAAUUUGAAUGAGGUCUCAUUUGCUUCUGUUAGCAACAGAAAGAGAUCAAACCGAUUUUGAAUUGGUGUAGCCCCAGUAAAGAUUUUUGGCAUGGCCCAAUAAGCAUGUGUGAAAGUGAUGUACUUCUAAAAAUCUGUCGACCAUUACCAGAAAUAAGCAAACACAAUAUAUCAGACAUAUUUGGUUUCACAUCAAUGUGUUGAUUACCAUUAUAUACAACAUCAGAAAAACAGUAUGCAGUAAACAGCCCAAUAAUGCUCCUGCGACCCACAGACUCAGAAGAGAUUCCUAUUAAUCCUGCAUUCCUGUGCGAGAGCGUAUAUUUGUAUUGCCUCUAAUUUGAUCCCAUCUGAAAAAUGACAAAGCUAAUUGGACUCAAUUAAACUCACUGUCUACAAACCCAUAAGAGCUUGAAAGUGCUCUUGUGAACACUUGAGGAGUUGGCUACUAUCUUGUGCUUUCUGAGUUCAUUUAAAUAUUUGACUUGCUCUUCAAGACAUUUCUAGGUUGUGUUAUUGAGACCCCUAAGGUGUUCUCAGGAUUUGCAGUUGCUCCUUGUUUUUUUAACGUAUUCCCACUUUUCUUUGGGAGUUUAAUAAUUACCACAGCAAGGGAUUUAGAAAUUGAAAGCUGGUCUUGUAUUGACUGUAGGAAGGGCUGUGCGUGUUCUGUUAACAUUUGCAACAGCUCCUUGCGAUUCUAGGAGGUCAUUUUAAUCUGUUUUCUUCUAGUUUUUUAAAACAUUACAAAACAGUAUGGUUACCAGGUAAGAUUAGAGGCACAGAGUGAGUACCUUUAGUAUAAUAUACUGUGCAUAUAUUUUAUAGCCUAGAUGUGGAGUUUUUCCACAAAUCUAAUGUGAAUGACUAAAUUGAAAUAUUUCAUGUGUUCCAAUAGUGGCCAACUUUAGCCACUUAAACAAGGCAUUGACCAGGUCUGCAGAAUACUUAUGUAGGAAAUACAACACUUAUAAAGUGAACAUUCCACAUGCGAUCAGUUAUAUUGGGAGUAUGAGUAUACACCAUUGGCUACGUGAUAUAUGCCAGCAGUAUUCAUAAUAGUAAAAGUGCUUUUUUUCAGUCUGCAGCAUAAAUUCUCCCAAAAGUAGGUUUGAAAGACUGAACUUCAUGUUUUCAUGGUAUGUCCACCCAUGCACGAUAAUUACCGUUGCUUAGUAUGCAUACUGCCAAAGCUACAUGUAAACUUGAAAUUCUAGAGGAAUACCAUUUAAACACAGUAUUCAGAAUACAUAUUUAUAUAUGCAUCUUACUGCAGUAUGUGUAAUACUUAAUGUGUGAGAGGAAGGGAUUUUUUAAGAAGGGAAUGUCCUGUGCAAAGGAACGUCCUGUUUGUGAGUCUGCAGUGUCUCUUGGUUUAUUGGUGCUCUACUUAAGUCAAACCCUUAUUAUUUGAAAUCCAUUAAAUGUAUUUAAGCUUCAGAAAGAUAAAAUGAGCAUGUAGCUUUAUUCGACAGUGAAUAGUAGCUGAAUGCUGGGAUUGUACUGUGUGUUUUUAUAGGAGCAUAUGUUUUAUUCAUGUAAUCCUUAUUUAUCUUAACUAUAACCACGUAUGUACUGUACAUUGUGUAUGUGAAAUGUUUAGAAAGAAACUACUGACUGUGAACAUUUACAGAUGUUUUUUUUAUUAUUAUUUUUUAUAAAAUGAAAUAAAAAAAAUGUUGAAUUGUGUAAUAAACCUCAGUCACAUCAAACUCUUAAGAAGAGGGCUUUACCAUCUAAGGCCCACCUUGUGCAGUUAAAUGCCACAAAUAAAUACCUACAUGCUGUUUUCAUUGCCUCAGGAAGUUAUUAUUUUUAUUGGUGUCAUUAAAUCCAAUUCACUAACAUUAACAACUGUUGGUGUUAUGUAAAUGUUUCAGUCAUACUGGAACUAAGGCAAGUAAUUACAAUUUAAAACUAGUACUGCUGACAAACUCCAUUUUUCUAUGGAUGUUUCCUUAUUUUAUUAAUUAAUUACAUUAUUUAAUGAUGCACGUCACACUAGUUACUCUGCAAAGCCAGCAAGGACAAAAUCCUUUUCAGUUUUCACGAAGCACUAAAGACACACACACACAAAAAAAAAAAAACACAGAUGUGUCCUGAUGGUGAUUCAUGCUUUUACGCUGCCAUGGAAACAGUGGAAUUUGACUUUAGCCAGCAGCUUGAUGAUCUCCACGGAGUACAAACAUUUGCACUGUCAUAUAGUGAACACACAAAAAAGCACACUAUUUUUGCCUUAAUAGAAUGUGGAAACCUGCCCGGAAUAUUUAAUUAAAAGGGAUACUUUCUUACAAUUUGGGCAUUCAUUUAAUUAAAUCUUUCAUGACAACUUGGGUGAGAUAAAAUAUGGAAGAAGCUUUCUACAUAUGUGCAAUUACACAUGAUAAUGACAGCUAUACGUAUUCACACAGGGUUGACAUAAAUGUGUGUGUAACUGGAGGGCACUGCAACUGAGUGGGGUGAAAUUGAUAAGAGCUGCUAUUGAGGAAUGGAAUGCGUGGGCAUGUGUUCAUUACAUUUAUUGGCUCUGCAUAAUUCCAGCUUUAACAUUGUGCUAUGUUCUAGCGUGUUCUUAUAGACGCUUGUUAGCUCCUUGGCAUGAAGGCUGUACAUUGUGUAAGAGACUGAAACACCUUUUCAUUUCACACCCUAAAGAUAGCAGUGGCCUCAUUUCUCUGUUGAGAAUAAAGUUAGUUCACACAUUUGCAAACAACUGUCAGAACUGUCCUCUUGCCCAAUGUGACUCAAACUGAGUAGGGGGGUGCAGCUUUUAGAUACAACAGAACCUAGCUGCUUAGUCCAGUCACGUUUUGUCUGGUAACACCAAAAUGUUUGCUACACAUAGAUGCUGUUCUGGCUGCCCAGUGUGGCAGUGUGAUGGGUGGUGUUUCUCUGUUAUAUCCAAUCCCUAAGUUAAUAUGUACAGCUGUCUCUGUCUCUUAUAGUGUCUUCCUGGGAGAACUCUGGGUGGGCAAGAGGACAGCCAAGUGACGCUGUCCACAAGGGACACGGUCAGCUGUACAUAUUAACAUCAUGUUUUAAUUGAACAAACAAACACAAUACAUAGUUAACUGGAUAUAGGGGUUACACAGACCAAGGGAAACUUGAAUGCUGUUCCUAGUGCAUGGAAAUAGUCCUAUCCCUUUGCUUUUUUCAGUGGGGUUUUAUGCCACUAGGUGGCACAGUUGCACUGGAGGUAGCUGAGUGUCCUCUGUAAGGUAUGGUUCUUUGGAGAUUAAAAUCUUUUGUUUUCCCACACGGCAUAACGAUGUAUCUUAUAUGAAGGUGCAGUGCUCAAUAAGCAUGUUAGAUUUUACACCACAAUAUCAUUACUGUCUGUUUUCUGUAUUCUUCUAUGACUUGUGCAACCCCUGAAACCACAUUCUGUAACACGUGCGGUUACAUACAGCCCUCAUGCAGAAAUAAAGUGCAUAUAUACAGUAUAUAAAAAAAUCACAGAUAAUCAAAUGGGGUUUAGCAACUGUGUAUUUAGCCAGUUCAGUGUUUUUGUGUGACUUUUGUUUAGCGACACAUCUACAGCAGAGCAAAUAACCAAGAAGAACUGGUUUAAAGUCACUGUGGAAAUGUGUGUGGUUUGCCUUAAUGCUAACACAAAAAACAGCAUUUAAAUAAAACACUGAUGGCUUCCUGUAAAUAUACAGUAGACUUUACAUAUUGAAAUGCUUUUUUAAUGAUGUUUAAAGUACAUGCUGUAUCAGGAAGGACAUUCUGGCCGUGUCAGUCUGUCGCUCUGUCAGGCUGUCGCUAGCAAUACUUUAAGACCUUGAUUUUAUACAUUUUACC